GAAACGUGAACUAUAAAAAUGCGCAUGGACAUCAGCCAAGUAUUAUCUCCAUACUACAGUACUAGACCUGCACAUGGUAAAGUUAUAUUUUCAUUUAGGCCUACAGUAAAAAGGUAGUGUAAUAUCAGAGGCGGAUUUGAGGGGGGAGGGGUGUGAGACCCACUUUUUGUCAUUUUUUCUGGGGGUGCUUUUGUGGUGGUAACCUUCAUUUUUUUUACUCGGCAGAAAUAGUUUAAACUAGCCACACCGACCCCCACCCCCUGUAUACUAUAGUCAAACAUGGAUCCGCCCCUGGGUAAUAUAAAGCAAAUGUCGGAAAAUUUGGGGGAUGCUAAGUUAUGUCAUGAUAUUCGCAUUUACCCGAACCUGUGAUUUUUCUUUCAUCUGAGGAAAAAGGAAUAUUUUUUUAUCAGCUGAGGUAAAAUGAAGAUUUUUUUCAGCUGAGGUAAAAUGAAGAAGUUUGAAGCCCGGGUUUGAAGCAGGUAAAAUGCUAGACGUCAAUAGGAAACCAGCUCGGCUCUACCCUAACUUCUCGCAGACACUGCAAAUUUCACCUUAAUACCUUAAAGUAGCAUCAUCGUUAUUAUGAUUUUUGUUUAUCAUAAAAAAAACCUUGGCGUGUGUGUUUGCUCUCUCCGCAGAGCUCGCCACGAUGAACUGAACAUGCUCAAGUCAGUGAAAGAUAAUUUCUACAGGCUUUUGAAUACAAACUCCAGGGUCGAGAGUGUGCGGAGGCUACAUCAUUUUGGCUGAUAUUUGUAAGGAUAUCAGUCAGUGAAUGUCAUGGAAGGCUAUUGUUGGAUAUCGUUUGCGAGAGACCUACAGGACUAUAUUGGAAACACGUCGUAAUGAGGCGCCGAAAAAAGAGCUGUACAUAGGCCUAUGCAUAACUAUACACGAUUCUUCACUGCCAUCUAACCAUGCAUCAUCAGGCAAUUGAAUUCGGUGAAUAUUAUAUUCAAUCAUAUCCUGCGUUCAACUGUGUAGGUUCUGCCGUGCUUUAAUGAUCGAGGAUACAUUGUCCAUAUCGCAUGUGUUCUGGAUGAGUGCAGUUCUAAAAAAAUGAACGGAAUAGUACCUGAAUUGAAUCAGGAAAGACUCCCUUCCCUGCCUGAAUAUAGGAUCGGGAGGUUCGAUCUGUACCCCACGGUAUUCAUGGUAUUCACUGCAGUAUAUAUCGUUUUAACACAACUUGAGGAGGAAUGCUGUCCCAGGAAUGCUGUACUCAAGAUAUAAACUGUAUUCUUGAUAACUCUGACGCUGAAUUGUGCAUAUUAUAAACCUACACUGAGCUGACGCAGCUCCCUGAUUGAAGGAAUAAACCAUUUUAAGGCUCUGUGUUACUGUUAUUAUGACCAGGCUGAUCGGUUGUACACGUCUUUCUCGGAUAACCAUUGUUAUCGUAAUGUUUGUGCUGCUGCUUUUGUCGAUUUUGUUCACAAUCAACCUGUACCACAAACGAGAUGUGGGCUUAUUCCGAGAAAACCACAACUAUGUGUCACGUGACCAAUGUCCAUGUGUCUCUGGAUCAAGAAAAGACCCUAUUCAAGCUGUUUAUAAUGAUACCAAUUUGGCUUACAACAGCCCUGAAGAGUCACAGAGACUGACCAUAGUAAAGCCAUGUGGAUCUCGUUACGGAAAAGCUGUUUUAGGUGACGACAUUACUGUGGUCUACAACCGAGUACCGAAGUGUGGUAGUCGGAUGCUGAUCCACUGUGUUAGAGCUUUAAAGAACCACAUCCACGGUCCUCUAUCAAUGAUACCACAGAAAUAUAAGGAUGAGCUGCCUCUCUUGACACGCUCCGUGGAUGGGGUCAAAUCACGUAAAAGGGCGUUCCUUGAAGGUCAUGUCAGAUUCAACAAUUUUCAAAAUGAGAAUGUGUACUUCUUCAACAUGGUGCGAGAUCCGUUGGAUCGUUUAGUCUCCAGCUUUUAUUUCAACAGACAUGGAGAUGGAUUGCUUAGUCCUAAACAACUCGAAGAACUCAGGAAAAACACACAUCCAGAAGUCAUUGAUGAGACCUUUGAUGAAUGCGUUCACCAUGAGAGGUUGUCAUGUACGGGGCCUAAGAUGCUCGGUUACAUGAUGGGAUUCUUCUGUGGUUACCAUCCAAUGUGCAGGAAACCUACUCAAUGGACAUUGGAAGAGGCAAAACGGAACCUCGACUACUACACCGUAGUGGGUAUCGUGGAACAGUAUAACUCAUCAAUGAGAGCGUUGGAGUUUCUUUUCCCAUCAAUGUUUUCUGGUCUGGUGAAGAAAUACUACUCACAUCAGGGGACAGAUUACCAGGCAAAGACUCACGCUUACCGGUAUGUACCUCCCUCCCCUGAGGUCAGGUCACUGAUGAAGGAAAAGAUGAAACUGGAAUAUGAGUUCUACGAGUACACUAAAUUAAGAUUUGAUAUGCUUCUUGACGAGUUACAUCUAAAAGACAGUGAUGUAAGAUGACGAUGGUUUUCGUGUAAACUGACUCAAAUGGUGGAAUAUUAGAUGAAUUUGUUAACAGACGUGCAAUAAAUUCAAAUCGAGGCAUUGCAUAGAUCUUGUCCUUCAAGUUCUUACCUCUUGUUACACAAAACAAAGUUGUGUAACCGGGUGCAUGCCCUUAAAGAUUACUAGAUCUGAAAUGUGAUAAUGUCAAAUGCCAACUUAAUCUAGGGCGAAAAUGAAGAAAUGAAAAUCAUGAUAUGAUCUAUAAAAAAAAAAGAAUUGGCAUAAUAGAGGAUCUUGUUAUCUUUCAGUAAAAGACUGGGUAAGAUCAACAUGAUCAAUGGCAAUAUUAACCAUUUACAUAUCAUCCCUUUAUUCAUUUAUUUAUUAUUCGACACUUUAAAACACUUAAAUUACAAAUUAUCAUUCUCGAAUCUCGAUACAAACAAUAUGCAGAGAUUACUAUACACGGGUACACGCAACGUUUUAUAACAUUCACCCAGUGCAUAGUACCGGCCAGUGAAGAUGUCCAACCUCAACCAAUGCACUGGGAAGACCUGUAAAAAUGAAGCAUAAGGACAGACAUUUAUAUUAUAUUGAUACAGAUAAAGACUUUUAAAUAAACCCCCUCAUCUGGAAAUGAAAAUCUCAUAUUAUAGAAUAAUCACAAAAUUUAAAAAUAAAUUUAAUAUGAAAUAUAAAAUCAUUAAAUGGUAAUAGUGUUCACACCUCGAAUUAAUAAUAGGAGUUGAAUUGUGAUUGAAAUCAACGAAUCAUAAUAUAUUCGUUCUGAUAUUUAAGAUCUUAAUUAAAUUUGAUUAUUUAACUGGGUACAUGGUCGGAUAUACUCUAAGAGUAAAUAACGAUAGUAACUUAUACGAUUACGUAAAUGCAUAUCAUGAUAAUGACAAAUAUGAAGGCAAUACGAAAAAUAUGACACCUCUAUAUUAAUAUCAAAUGCUCAAAUAAUUAUGACAAUAGUAAACUAAAAGGUAAACGAUGGUACAUGAGGCAUGACAAUGAUGAUAGUUUACACGAUAUCCUGAAUGCAAAUUGAAAGCUUUAAGAUAAUUAUGUAGAUGAUGAAUAUGGAGUUGAACUACUAAAGAAAGCCUAUAUAUAAUAAUGUCCUGUCUUUAUAGGUAGAUGCACAUAUAAUACUUUUAAUAAUUUGACAGAUGCAAUUGACACCUAGAAUCAACAAGCAGGACACUGUAAAAACUGUGGUGUUAAAACUGACACCAGUUGGUGUUAAUAGAGGACCACACCCCGAGGUGUUAAAAUUACACCCUGGAGAUUGAACAUAACACCAAAGAGUGUAAAUGUAACAACCAAAGGUGUUGUAAUAACACCUAUAGGUGUUAAACUAACACCAUUAAUUUAACACAGGAGUAAAAUAACUGGUUUGGUCCUCUAUGUACACCGGUUAACACCACAGUUUUUGCUGUGGAGUCCAUGGCAACUAGAUUUGUGUGUGAUAUCAAUAACCCCAUCAAUUUAGAAAACCGAAUGCGAGACCAAAGAGCCCACAUUUCAACGAAUGAAGAUUAAAUUGCGUUUAAUUUCACGACUUUGUGUUUGAUGAAAACUCUUUCUGCUGCGGACAUUUGGAUCAAUUGUUGCCCACCUGUCUGUCCUGCCGUGUCCAAUAUCUCUUACAACAAUAGCUCAGAUUUAUAUCUCUUUAUUUGAUAGCUAAAAACAUUACAGUGAUAUUGCCUAACAAAUGAAGUCAAACUAUUUGCUGAAAAUGAUGUGAUGUUUCUGGUGAAGUCGGAAUAUGUUAUGACUUACAAUAUAAAACUAUAGAUCUGAACUUGUUUAAUAGUUUCUUAUGUUUUGAUUAAUCAAUUUAUAAAAAAUAAAAUCUUGAAUAAAAAGUGAUUACUGAGAAUUUUUUUUGGUGUGAAGUCGAAGACCCGUAAUGUAAGGGGUAUGAACCAGAAAUUGAGUAGGGACAUAUGUUUGGUUCGACAGAUGGCAUACAAAAUAACAAAGCAAACUAAGACUUAGGUAAACAUUAUAAAUCAGACGAAAUUUUGUAAAACUAGAAAUAUAAUGCAAAUCAUAUUAAUCAUAUUUUUAAACUAAAAUGACUGUUUUUACUUCAUAUUUUGAUUUGACUUAUACAAGUGCAAACAAAAUGAUUUAGGAAAUGGGUUGACUGGUUAUUGUGGAUCCCUUUUCACUUCUUAUUAGUAAGUGAUAAGUGACAAUGUUGAAUACGCAUUCGUGAUUUGAUGAUUAUUUUAUCAUGUUCAUAUAUUUCUUCUAAAAAAAUAAUUAUUUUCAUCACAUCCAAGUAAUAAUCAAUGUACCAAAGAGCGGAGAAUGCAAUAGACGAUUUUCAAAUACGAACACUGACGUACUGUUCGGAGUUCCAUUCUGCGCAUGAUUAGAAGAAGGUAAUUCUUACUAAGGGCCUUUUCACACGUGAAUCUUGAAUCAUCAAUGCAAUAAUUAUUGCUAAUGUAAUCGUGACUGUGAUAAGCGUUCGUGAUUCUAAUAAUUUUCUAGUUUGGUUUCACACGUGCUAAAUAUUCGUCACUAGCAUUAUUUUUCACUGGAAUCAUUCAAAUUACGAUUUCUUUACCGUGUGAAAAGGGCGGUAAAAGUGGCAUGGUGGUUUAAUAUAAUGAGAUAAACACCACAUUUGAUGUCUUGAUUAUUCAUAUAUUCUUUUGAAUUUGUUUUUCAUUACAUCCACACAAAAACAACAAUGCAUCCACUAGCGAGAGGUUUUUCACAGUUGGCCAACUAUUGUUAAUAUAGCAACUUGAUAAUGCAUUCAAAGUAAAAACGCAACAAAUACUUUCAUAGAGCGUUUAUUGGCGUGCUAUUCAAGGGCCUUUUCACACGUGAAUCUUGAAUCAUCAUUGUAAUGAUGACUGCAGUCUGCAGAGUCAUCGGACUUUUCACACGUGUGAAAGUGCGGGUAUUCACCUGGUCUACAAUUUCUACAUCCUGCUAUGUAAGGCAUGCUUACAUAAUAUCUUUGAAAUCUGCCUAUCAUACCACCCUUUCACACGGUACUGAAAAAGUGCCCUUUUUACGCAAGAAAAAUGCUCCCUCACGAACGUGUACUGUGCCCCUUUCAUCGGAAGAGGACCCGUUUUAGGUGUUACCAAGUGCCCUUUCUUGUAUAAGUUCCAAACCCCCCC